AUGUUCGAACAGCUUCAAAUACGUCAUGUCCCUGCACUGUUCGUGGCGACAACCAUGACCUUUGGCGGUAUCUGGUCGUUUUUCGACGCACGCAGAGCCAUGCUUGAAUUUGGUCUUCCGGACCGCAUCGCCAGCACACCCGGCGCGGCCUCGGUCAUGCUCAUCAACAAUGCCCGUACGACGGCGUUUGGUUUGUGCAUGUACGCUUUUUACAUCCGCGGACAGCUGGCCGCCUGCGACACCAUCCUCGCCAUCCUCGGCGCCUAUGCUGGGCUGGUGGACAGCUAUGUAGUUUGGACAGAAGGAAAUCCUCGCAAGGCCGUCUUUCGCCUUGUUAGCUCCGGUCUGCUUUCUGCUGCAGGCUUUGCCGGGCUGACUGCCGGUCGCUAA